GCUUUACCCGCCGCUGCCUCCGACGCCGGUAGACGUGUCAGCUAAGCUCAACCCUGCGGUUGCGACGCAAUCCGAGUUCGACAUAUUCCCUCUCUCGCACCCGGCCUUCGUCGAUGGCCCCACGGGCAUCGUCCUUACGCGCGGCGAUAUGCGCAAGCGGACGCUCGAGAUCGGCUGGGGGAUGCUACAUCUCGAGGAGAUCGCGAAGGACACGAACUCAGGGCCCGGUAUCAAGCUGCAGAAAGGCGACACUGUGAUGAUCUUCAGUCCCAACUCGCUCGCGUACCCGGUCAUGCUCCACGGUGCCUUCGCCGCAGGCCUGCGCGUGACGCUCGCGAACACCGCUUAUACCCCAGGCGAACUCAAGCACCAAUACACCGACUCGGGGGCCUCGGCAAUCUUCGUCCACGCAGACAUGCUUCCAAUUGUAUUGCAAAUGCUACAAUUGUGCGGCGUUGAAGGCGCCGACGCCAGGAGGCGUAUCAUUAUUGCCGAAUGGCCCGGAACUGGGACCGCCGCUAAUAGACUUCCCGGUUAUCUUGCACUCAGAUCCCUGCUCUCGGGGAAGGCCCUGCCGCACGAAGUUCGCUUCGAUGGCCCGGCUGCAAAUGAAACCGCUUUGUUGUGUUACUCCAGCGGCACCACCGGGCGCGCAAAGGGAGUCAUGACGACCCACCGCAACUUGACCUCGCUGUGCUGCAUCAUAUCGCCUCUAUUCACUCCGACAGACGCUAGUCCCAAUCCGGAGACCGGCCUCACGAAGGAUGUCAUGCUCGGCGUGUUACCGUUCUAUCACAUCUAUGGCGCCGUCAAGCUGCUGCAUUGGCCGUACACUACCGGCCUGCCGGUGGUGAUCAUGCCGCGAUUCGAUAUUGUGAAGUUCGUGUCGCUCAUCGAGCGCUGGCGGUGCACGAUCUCCCUCAUCGUCCCACCGAUCCUCUUGGCGCUGGUGCACCACCCUGUUGUCGACAAAUAUGACAUCUCGUCUUUGCGCAUCAUGUUUUCGGGUGCAGCGCCACUUGGGGCACCUCUGGCCAACGCGGUCAGGCAGCGGCUGAUGAAGGCUAAUGGAGGAAAGGAGGUCGUUAUCACACAAGGAUACGGUCUGACGGAAACAUCUCCCACGUCGCACCUGCUUCAGGACAAGGAAGCUCUGAGGAAAGUUGGGAGCAUCGGCCAACUUCUGCCCAAUCUGGAGGCACGGCUGGUAAACGAUGACGGCGAGGAUGCUGAAGAAGGCGAGAGGGGCGAGCUCUGGACCCGUGGCCCCACCGUUAUGAAAGGAUACAUCAACAACCCAGAGGCAACCGCAGACGCUAUCACCCCCGAUGGUUGGUUCAAGACCGGCGACGUCUGCAUCCGGGACAGCGAAGGCUUCUACACCAUCGUCGACCGGAAGAAGGAGCUCAUCAAGUACAAGGGCUUCCAGGUCCCGCCGGCAGAACUCGAGAGCACCCUCUUGCAGCAUCCGGAGAUUGUCGAUGCCGCGGUCAUAGGCGUCAAUUCCGUUAAGGAAGCGACUGAACUUCCGCGGGCUUACGUCGUGCCGGCGAAUAAGGCGCUGCUUGAGCCUUCGGCAUCCCAAGAACGGGAGGCGUUUGGGCGCGCAGUGCAGAAAUGGAUCGAAGGACGGGUUGCAAAGCACAAAUACCUCCGCGGCGGCGUGGUUGUCAUCGAUGUGGUGCCCAAAAGCGCUGCCGGCAAGAUCCUCCGCCGAGAACUCAGGGAGCGGGCCAAGAAGGAACUGUCGGAGGUGAAGGCUAAGUUAUAGUCAUUAUCUUGGUCGGACUGCGCGGAGCGGGGUGAAUGUAUACUGCAUUUUUUGCAUAUCAUGCUACGUAUGCUGUAGAGGCACGGCUCUCAGUCACUGGGAAGCCUGUAGCCUUCCGUCUUUGCUUUGUUGCCCUGUCCGUUACCAAACAUCUACUCAAAGGCCG